AUGCUGGACGAACGGCGAUGCAUAGACGAAUCGCCCAAUCUCGGCCUGGGAAUCGGGCUCGAGGAAGUGCUGGCGGACAGCCCCAUGGCACGCAACAGGCUUCGCGAGGUCCAGAAAGGCGUUGAGGACUGGGGCGAUGACCUCCUGCGCCUCACCUCUGCCGCCACCAAACUCGGCUCCGCUGCCAAAGUCUACAUUGGACAGACCUACACCGAGAAAGCCGACGUCUACAGCUACGCCAUCUGCCUGGCCGAGCUCAUGACAGGCGAGGAUCCGUAUCAGGGCAUGGAGCCCCACAUCUACGCGUCCUACGCCAUCACCAACUCGCUUCGGCCGCAGCUCCCCGAAACCCUCGACGAGAAGUGGAAGGAACUCAUGAUGGCGUGCUGGCAUGAGGACCCGGAGCUUCGACCCGACUUUGCCGAGGUGGUGGCCUACCUCGACUGCUACCUGCCCGCGACCUCGCCGCCAGCCCCAGCGCCGCCACUACCAACCACACAAGCUGACGUCGGUGACAUCCACGAAGAUGAAGUCGACGACGAUGGCGAUGACGAUGACGAUGACGCGAGUGGUGCGGGCGAUGUGGUGGAGCGACGAUCGCCCGAAGCGAAGCGACCACCACCGUCAGACCACAAGCAACACGGUGACGAAGCAGAAGAAGCGGAGGACUCAUCGCCACAGCGAACUCACGACCCACUGCGGACCACGUCCAGCAGCGCCGGCUACUUGCUUGCCCUGGCUGGCGAACCCAAAGACAAGUCGGGGCGCGAACGACGUUGUGGUUAG